AUGCCGUCACAACUUGAAGAGCUUGUUUCAUUCUUACACUCGCCUCAACCCGCAGUGAGACAAAUUGCGCUGGAUAAUCUGGUUGGCUUCAGCACUGGUUCUAAUGCCACUGUCUUCCGGUAUGACAACUACAGAGCUAUUUCUGAUUUGAAGGGGCUCGCACGCGAAAACUCAAAGCUUCUAGUGCAACAAUCUGUAACUAUUUUGGCAAAUUUAUGCGAUGACUUGACUAUGAGGAAAAUGAUAGCGAGCGAUGAGGGCUUUCUCAAAUAUUUAACGUGCAAAAUAUGCGACUUGAGGAACACCAGCGCUGAUAUUAUGUGCAUUCUGCUUACAAACCUUGCCAAGGAAGAUUGCAUCACCAAAGUGUUUUCUUUCACCACAAUGGAUUCGAAAGACGUAACCUUGGACAAAAAUGUAUUCAAGAGUGAGCGUAUAGUGGAUUGUUUGAUGGACUGCUUCGUUAAAGGAUCUGACAGGACUCUCAAUAAGUUUGCAAACUUCGACUACCUUGCCUACUUUUUUGCGGACAUCUCAAGAUUUAGAUUGGGAAGGGAGUACUUCAUCCAAAAACAAAAGUACGACGGCGUCAUUCCAAUCUCAAAAUUAUUAGUCUUUACCGAAAAGUAUGACUCAAAGACUAGAAGAGAGGGCGUUGCCUCUACGAUUAAGAAUUCUCUAUUUGAUUCUGAAAAGCACGAGGAACUUCUGUCCAAUGAAGAAAUAAAUUUGUUGCCGUACAUUCUCCUGCCUAUCGCUAGCGCUAAAGACUCUGAGAUAGAUGACGAAGACAUGUUCAAUCUGCCAGAGGAACUCCAACUCCUGCCGGAAGACAAACAAAGAGACCCAAUCCCAGAGAUCAUAUGUGUCCAUUUGGAGAGCAUACUGCUUUUAUGCACAACUAAAAAAGGCAGAGAGUACUUGAGGAGCAAAUCAGUAUAUCCACUGGUCAGAGAGCUUGAAAAGAAUGUUGAAAACAAUGAUAUCAGUGAACUUUGCGACCGCAUUGUUAACAUGCUGAUGAGAGGGGAAAUCGGGACAGAUCAAAUCGAAGAGAUGCCUACCAGAAAUGCCGAAGACGAGAAAUCGCGUCUUUCAGACGACGAGGACAGUGAGGACGACAAUGCCAUUGUUGAGGUUGCAUAA